AUGUCUUUGUCUCCAUCUUUUAUCCUUCUAACCCCUCUUUUUCACGCUGCUUGCUGCCUAUUUCUCUUUGGGUUUAACACACUUUUUCUUUCAUUGUCUUUGUCUUAUUUCUUUCUAUUUCUCUUUCCUCACAUCGUCCUUGUCUUAACGCUUAUCUCUGUUUCUUUCUUUCUUUCUUUCUUUCUUUCUUUCUUUCUUUUAAUGCCUGUUCCUCGUUUGGCUGUUUCUUUCUCCUCCUCCACUUUUUUACCCUCCUCUAUUUUUUAUUUAAUCUUUCUUUUCCACAUUCAAACUUUUCCUUUUUCUUUGUUGAAUGCCGUUUUUCUAUGCGUUAAUGUUGUUUAUUUUUCUCGCUUACUUUAUCCCUUCCUUCCUUCAUCUUUUUUUUCUAUAACAUUUACUUUCAUCCUUUUUUUUUGUCGUUUCUUUCUCAUGUUUUCCCUCGCAUUUUUCUUUUUUUUUCUUUUUUCAGCCAUUUCUCAAAUUCCGUCGCUCUCUUCAUUUCUUUAUUUUUCCUUUCUAGUUAUUUCUUUCUAUAGAGUUCCGCGGCUUAUAUCGCCAUUAAUCCACUACCACUUCAUUCAGCUAAUAACUAUUAUACUCUCACUUCGUCCACCCUUGUUACUACUCAACUCUAACUGCCACCCCAACACCUCCUACCGUCAACAACAUUAUAAUAACAAUAAUUCUUCAUUGUCUUUCUGA